UGCUAUAUAAAACAAAUAAUCGAUUGAAUAUUAAAAAUACAUACUUAUUCAUAUUUAGUGAUGUUUCCUUACAGUCAGCGCUAGUCCUUCGUGAGAGACGCUCGCAUGUAAAUUGCUCAUACAAAAUUACUUUAGUGAUAUUUUUACCUCGUUUACAAACAACCGGAAGUAACUUCAUAAUAAAACACAGGUACGGCAGGAGCUCAUCGCCUGGGACUACUAGAUGAAUGGAUCAGAGAAUUGAUUAGCGGUGCUCUGAUGUUUCCACCUCCGAUCAAGAUCGGCUCGCUCGUGAUCCCCUCAGCGAGCUCCAACUUGAAAAUUACUACCCCCAACUUUUAGAUAUUUAUAAGGCGGAAAUGGCGUACGGUAUAGAGAGAUUUUUCCUUUUAUCGUACUGUCUAGCCUGCUGUUGGCCUCCGGCGUUUGGCGCUAAAAACAGUUUGAGGAUAGUGAAGCAAUGGUCAACGUUGGAAUUCGGCUUCCCGAGCCCGGAAGCCAAACAACUUGCCUUAGAAAAACGAUAUUACGUCCCCGGUGCUUCCGUGCCGAUCGAUGUUGACGUCCAGCAUAGAGGAGGAGGGCAAAAGUCUCGGAUCUUCGUGACUAAUCCCAGAUUCGACGAAGGCCGCCCCGUGACCCUCGGCACCGUUGGUGAUGACACGUUGAUCUACGGCUAUCCCGACUACUCCUGGCACGAUAACCAGGGACAAAACUGUGAUGGGAUGACUUCUGUAUUUAGAGUUGCUAUAGACACAUGCAGCCGGUUGUGGGUGAUGGAUGCGGGGAAGAUAGGCGAGAAGCAAGUGUGUCCACCGCAACUACUCGCCUUCGACCUCAACACCGACCAGCUCGUCUACCGCCACAAAGUGGAUCCACUGAACUAUAUCGCUACGUCAUUGUUUAUCACUCCGGUCCUUGACGUGCGAGGAAAUGACCCGAAUGACUGUUCUGACACUUUCGUGUACGUGGCCGAUGUGUCGGGCUACGGACUGUUGGUGGUGGACGUGGCCAACGACCGAUCCUGGAGGGUGACCCACCGUUACUUUUACCCAUACCCGAAUCAUGGUACUUUUACUAUUGAUGGUGAGAGCUUCGAUCUGAUGGACGGAGUUCUAGGCUUGGCGAUGUCGCCAUACGAGCGUGGGCAAGAUCGAUUCCUCUACUUCCACGCUUUGGCGUCCACCACAGAAAACGUUGUCCGUACCAGCGUUAUUCGAAACGACUCUUUCAUUUCCAAUUCUAAUGCUAAUCCGUAUUCUAUUAAUGUCUUCCCUGAAGAACGACCAAACCAGUCGGCAGCCGAAGCUAUGGACAAAGACGGUGUCCUAUAUUUUGGACUUAUGGAGCCACCUGGCAUAUGGUGUUGGAACUCGGCGACCGAAUUUUCUACUAGGAAUUUCCACCAAAUUGCAAUCAAUAGAGAAACCUUACAAUUUUCAAGUGGAAUGAAAAUAGUUAAUAACCUCAAAGGAGAACAAGAAUUAUGGGCUUUGACCUCCAGUUUCCAAAGAGUAAUGACUGGAUCAAUUAGUGACGAUAGAAUUAAUUUUAGAAUUCACGCUGAGAAAAUUCCAAAGCUACUUGGCAAUUCAGCAUGUUCAAUGCCACCAAGAGAUAAUUCAAUUGGUGAUCAUGCUCAUCGCAUAUCAGGACCGGACAUCCCAAAAUAUUCUUUUAAAUAUGGUGCCGUAUCAUAUUUGUAGAUAGAUGUUCGGGUAUUUUAAGUCGAUUUUUUGUUUGAAUUUAUGUGGUAUGCGUUGCCAUAUUAUUAUAUAAAUAAUUACAUUGUUUGUUAUCGAUAAUUGUACUGCAUAAAUUAUUAUUUUAGUUCAUGAUUUUUUUUAUUUUAUCCCGAAAAAUAGCUUUUAAUUGUAACUUUUACAAUGGACCAAUGAAAUAUGGAAAUCUAUUUAAUAAUAUUUACAUUAAAAGAUUUAUAGUCGGGG